UCUAUUCUCUAUAUACGUAUGAACUGUGUGCGGGAAUAUGGUGUGGGGAGAUUUUGCCCCACUUUUGAGCCUUUUGAAUUAAAAUCUUAGGAGGAAUUUUUUCAGUUAUCAUAUGUAAGGCGGUUCUGUGACCAAAUGUACGGGUUUUAUUUGGUUGUUUAACCGUGAACAAAUAUGUAACAGUAUUCUUGCUUGUCUUUACAAAGAAAAUUUGGUCACAUAGUGCACCAAGGGCAAAUGUGUCUUUUCAUGUCGCUGUUUAGCACCGUCAGUACUCGAAAAAUGAACUAGAGUGUCAUAUUAUUAGGUAACAAGUUCUGGCCAGGUGUCAAACAGUGAAGAAACAUUUCCGGGGUCAAAUAGGGAAGCAGAUUUUUAGGUUGUGUAAAAUAAGGAAUUAUCUGAAAACCUAAAAUCCUCUCUCCAUUCCCCAUUCCCAGAUCCAAUAGCCCACCGAGGGGUGAGGGCGACAUGAGCCACCGCCGCCGCCACCAACUCUCGUCGUCGUUGCCAGAACUGGCGCAUCCGCUGGAUGUCGAUGACCUCCUCCACGAGAUCAUGUUGCGCCUCCCGCCGCAGCCGCCUUACCUCUUACGUGCGUCCAUCGUCUCCAAGCGCUGGCGCCGCCUCGCCACGGACCACAAGUUCCUUCGCCGCUUCAGCAUCCACCACCGGAAGCCUCCCCUCCUUGGUGAUUUCUCGUACCAACGCGGAAAAUUCUCCUUCAGAUCCUACCUUGAUCCGCCCUACCGCAUCUCUCCCAAGCGCUUCGCCCUGCGACCCAGCGGCAGUGAGCAAUGGACGUGCCUCGACUGCCGCCACGGAUUCCUACUCUUUGAUGACUGGAUAUCGAGUCAGGUAAUUGUGUGGGACCCCAUCACUGAUGACCUCCACAUCGUUCCCUAUCCACUGCAGUCCCAAGAAUCUAGGAUUGUACUUGGGGCGGUGCUCUGUGCUGCUGCCGACAAGGGCCAUGUUCAUGGCGCCUGCCACUCGAGCCCUUUCAAAGUGGUCGUGCUGAGCAGAGCCGUCAAUGAAAUUAUCACCUUCGCAAGCGUUUACUCUUCAGACACUGUUGGCAUAUGGAGUGAUCUCGUAUCAACAACACUUCCGUGGAGCGCUAUAAUGUUUCCAUUUCGCAGCACACUUGUCGGUAACACCCUUCACUGGCUGCUUGCGAUGAAUACCACUGGUAUACUUGAGUUUGAUUUGGAUGCACAGAGGUUCGCUGUGACCAAGACGCCUCUUUGUGCUCCUCCUUGCGAUCACAGUGUUGGGAUCAUCCAGUCAGAGGAUGGCGGUGUUGGCUUCGCUGCAUUGUCUGGCCCUCGCUACCGCCGCUGUUUGCAAAUGUGGGACAGGAAGGUUGAUCCUCAUGGAGUUAUCACAUGGGUGUUGCGGGAGACUCUUGAACUGCAGAAGAUUCUUGGAUUGGAGUCUAGGAUUGAGAAUAAAAAAAUAUCUAUACUGUACUAUCUGAAUGAUGUUCAUGCCAUCUUUUUGCGGGUGCAGUCAUCUGUCUACAUGGUUCAACUUGAAUCUAUGCAGUCUAAGGAACUUGUCAAAAGCUUCCAUAGUUGCAUCUAUCUGCCUUUCACAAGUUUCUGGGCCGAAGGUAACUGCUUGCACAUCUUUAUAUUGCACGACUCCUAAAUCAAAUUGUUUUUCAUAGGAAUAACGCGUGUACUUCUGAAGUGUUAACUUCAAACUUAAUUUUUUUUAUUAACUUAUAGCCAUAUUGUCUUUUAAGUUUUUAUGUUAUCAUUGAACUGUGGGUGCCUAUGUUACUAAACUGCAGUUUUCUUAUGAACCCUACCAACUCUAGCUAGUUCAUGGCUUACCAUGUUAGCAUCCCUACUGAUCUUAGCUAGUCUAGUACCUUUUCCCUAAACAACUCACGAAGAACGCAUAAAUAGACGUAUUAUGUGUGCUCUCUUUUGUUGGCUCAAUUGCCUCCGGGCAAUCAGCUUCGAUUAUGAAGUCUGAUGGGGACCAAUGCAGAGCAAGUUGCAUUCCUUCCUCGAUCACCACCAGUUCAGCUUCUGUCGCGUCUCGACACUGCUUCAGUUCUCGACAAGCUGCGUAAAUAACCUGUCCUUCAUGGUCACGUAGUACCAUCCCUGUACCAGCUCCGUGGGGAGAGAAAGUGCCAUCAACAUUCAGUUUUGCAGUGCCUUCUCCUGGCAUCAUCCAUUUCUUUCUGACUUUCUGUCAUCCAUCAUCAUGAUCACACUGCCUAGUGCCUACUGUCUUUGUUUUCAGAUGUUAUGAUUAUUGUGGUCUUAGAGGUGGUGUGCAUAUUCGUCAGUUGCUGAAAGGAGCAUUAAUUAGUCGGCGUCAGGAAACAGUAGCUUACAGGAGAUGGAAUAACAUUUCUGUUGUUAGCCAUUUUUAUGAAGUUUCUGUUGUUAGAUUGGCACUGCUAUUUUAUUUCUACGAGUUCUGAUUGUGGUAUCCUCUAUGUGUGUCCUACUGUAGGGUGUAGGGUUAUAUCGGACUAUUUAUAAGAUAAACCAGUAAUAUAAUAUGAGGCCAGUGAUCUGUGUACUAGCUGAUGUCACAUCCUAAACUAGGAUUUUACGUAUCAAUGUACACCAACUUUAUUAUUUUCCGCAUGAACAUGGAUUUUGUGGUUGCUGAUGCCUUGUAUAUAAAAUCAUUAUGCCUAUAAACACUAGGA